GGCAGCGCAUGCGCAGUGCUUGCUGGCGCUCGGGCCAUUUAAAUGUGUUUGAGGGAGACGGCGAAAUGGCUGCGCAGGUCGCUGCAGUGCGCGCCGUGUCCCGGGGCGCGGAAGAGACGUCCUCGCUCCCACUCGGUGACCGGCCUGGCCGACCGAGGGGAGGCGGGAGGAAGCGAAAGAGCCUGCCCGCGGAGUCCGGAGGGUGCAAGAGGGCCAAGCUGAGUCAACAACCGGUCGCCGUAGGGCCCGCUCAGGCGGAGCCGCUGCCGCCGGCCGCCGUUCCUGGCCUCUCUGCGGCGCCCACCGUAUCCUCCGCCACGGCCGGGCUGUUCACUUUCUCUCCUCUCAGCCUUUCCUCGUCCGCCCCGCGCUGCGAGCGGCGACAUCAUCACCGGCACCGGCACCGGCCGGACAGUGGUGACUCCGAGCCCAGCCGCCCCUCUGGGGAGAAACCGCACAAGGGCAGGCGGGGGAGCUCCGGCGACAGGGCUGUCGGGCGGCCCAGCAAGCGAGAAAACAGAGAUGAAAAUGGCAAGACCCAGAGAGCUGACAGUCUUAUUGUAAAGAAAAUAAAGAAAAAGAAGAAAAAGAAACACAGAGAAGAUAUGAGAGGGAGGCACCUGAAAAUGUACAACAAAGAAGUACAGACGGUGUGUGCUGGGCUUACCCGUAUCAACAAAGAGAUUUUGACUCCAGGGGAGAGUGAUAAUUUGGAAGAGAACAAGGAGUCUUUUAGGUAUCUAAAAGAUGAGCAGCUGUGCCAGUUGAAUUUGGGCAUGCAGGAAUAUAGGAUACCCCAGGGGGUGCAGUCUCCAUUUACUACCCACCAAGAGCAUUCUGUUCGCAGCAGCUUCUUAAAAACAGGCACUAAAUUUAGUAACUUUAUUCAUGAAGAGCAUCAGUCAAAUGGAGGAGCUCUGGUUCUUCAUGCCUAUAUGGAUGAACUCUCAUUUUUGUCUCCAGUGGAGAUGGAGAGAUUUGCAGAAGAGUUUCUUGCUUUGACAUUCAGUGAAAAUGAGAGAAAUGCAGCCUAUUAUGCUCUAGCUAUAGUUCAUGGGGCAGCUGCCUACUUGCCAGACUUCUUGGACUACUUUGCUUUUAACUUUCCUAACACUCCAGUAAAAAUGGAAAUCCUUGGCAAGAAAGAUAUUGAAACAACCACCAUUUCAAACUUUCACUCUCAGGUCAAUCGAACAUACUGCUGUGGAACAUACAGAGCGGGUCCGAUGAGGCAGAUUAGUCUUGUUGGAGCAGUGGAUGAAGAAGUUGGAGACUAUUUCCCAGAAUUUCUUGAUAUGUUGGAAGAAUCUCCAUUUCUUAGAAUGACUCUGCCUUGGGGUACUCUUUCAAGUCUCAGACUUCAGUGCAGGUCACAAAGUGACGAUGGCCCCAUAAUGUGGGUAAGACCAGGAGAACAGAUGAUCCCAACAGCCGAUAUGCCAAAGUCACCAUUUAAACGGCGCAGAUCAAUGAAUGAAAUAAAAAACCUCCAGUAUCUACCUCGGACCAGUGAACCCCGCGAAGUUCUCUUUGAAGACAGAACAAGAGCACAUGCUGAUCACGUUGGGCAAGGGUUUGACUGGCAGAGUACAGCUGCUGUUGGAGUGCUAAAAGCUGUACAGUUUGGUGAAUGGAGUGACCAGCCUCGUAUAACCAAAGAUGUAGUUUGUUUUCAUGCUGAGGAUUUCACGGAUGUAGUUCAAAGACUUCAGCUGGACCUACAUGAACCUCCAGUGUCACAGUGUGUUCAAUGGGUGGAUGAAGCUAAGCUAAACCAAAUGAGACGAGAAGGUAUUCGCUAUGCUAGAAUCCAGCUAUGUGACAAUGACAUCUAUUUCAUCCCUAGAAAUGUCAUUCAUCAGUUCAAGACAGUGUCGGCUGUCUGCAGCUUAGCCUGGCACAUAAGACUCAAACAAUACCAUCCUGCAGGGGAGAAUUCUCAAAGUGCAGAAAGCAUUUCAAACAUGGACAGUAGGAUCUGUGACAAGACGGAAUUGGCAGGUGAAGAUCAGUGUGUGGAGGUGAAAAAGGAGUCUGAAGAAGUAGAAACAGACAUACAGAUUGAAACAGUGGAAUCUCCAUCAUUGUGUCCCUCUCUCUUGUGACUUGUCUUGCAACAAGAUCAACUGGCUCAGCCCCUUCCAGUUUUUAAAUUAUAAUCAGAUCAGCAACACAAUCCACAGGAUGAUCUUAUAUGCUCUCUUGUGUGAUAUGUACAUAAUCAUAUACAUUUUUAAACAGCUUUUUAAAAUUUUGAUGUGAAGUUAUAGUUUUAUAACUAGGUUAUGUUUUAUUGGAGAAAUCUUGCCUAUAAUUCUAUAAAGAAAGGUGACAUUCCAAAAUGUCAAGCAUAUCUUUUUUACACAGAUUAUGCAAAGCUAGAGUUGUAUUUUACUCUUAGUACAGCAUGUAGUAGUGGACUACAACUUUUGUUUUUAAGGAAUGAGGUAAUUUAACAUCUCAAUAUUUUUUUCUUCAGGAUCUUCAAGUAUUUAACACUUGGUAAAUCUGAUAUCCCUCCAUCUAUCUUUAACUUUCAGCAUAAGGGAUGGUUUCUGUAGAGGACUCAAAGUGACUCUCCCAUCUGAUUUAUGGCUUGAAUGAAAGAAAGCACAGCACUUUUAAUGAAAUCCAAUGACAUUUGUGUGUGAGAGACUUUUGAAAGCCUGGAGGAAGCUCAAGUUACCAGCAGUGUAGAUUUAUCCUUAAUUGCUUGUCAACACAUUCACAAACAGAAAUGAUGUGUAUGACAUUAGUUGCAGAGUGUGUGUUCUUGUUGAAAUGUAAUAGCUGACAUAACACUUCCCAUACCUCUGCUUUUAAUGUUUGUGGUAUUGCUUUUUAAUAUCUUCCCUGACUGCAUAAUGUAACACUAGUGUCUAAUUGAAAGUAACCGUUGGCAGUGUCUGAGGAAACUGCUAUCUUUGAGCACUUUAAGGCUUUACAAUAUUCUAACCAAUUUGAUGGCUUGUUCAGUUCAUAGCAAGCAUCUGAGAUGGAAACCAUCACUCCCUUGCAUUGAUGCACUUAAUUCAGUAGGGUAGGCUUAACAAUAUAUAUUGGUUGCCUUUUUCUCCAAUUCUAUAUUGUGGUUUCAUUAUAAAUUAUCACAUAUGGACUGCUGUUCCACAGGUAUCUUUUGAGUAUGCUAAUGCUGUGUUGGAAAGUUAUAUGGCACAUGCUAGUAUUUUGAGUGUCAUUAGCCAACAUUGAUUAGCAGGCAUACAAUAUUCCCCAGUGUUAACUAUGGUCAAAUUUCACUCAUUGUUUGUAAACUGACCUACAUUUAUUUCUAGUACUAGAAGGAAAAGGCCUCUCACAGGAUGUGAACUUUAUUAAGGUGUAAUCAAAGUUGUUCCUAAGCAGCUUGGUUCUUGUCUUUGGAGGGGUGGGAGACAGAUUUGGAAUACUACACCACUGGAAACAACGAAAGCAGCUGUGUUUGAUUUCAGAUGCAUCUUUGAUAUCGAUCUUUUGAAUAACUUGCAAAUAUUACUCUGUUUAUAAUAGCAAUUACUUUGUGCAAUAUUGUUUUGUGUAGGUCUAUAUGCAUAUUAGCACCUCGGCAUAGAGGACACAGUUUUAAACCAAUAGCAAAAUAAUCAGAAAAUAUUGCAGUGGUUAGAUAGAAGCGGUAUUACUCCUGAUAUAUACACGUAUAUGUAUGUAUUGUCUUUAGUGCAAAUCUGAAGACAAGUAGAAAUUAUUUCAAUUUAAAACUAACUUUCAGAUUGGAGUGGUGAUGACUUGUUAAAGUAAUCUGUAAAUAAGGUGUUAGGAUGAAAAUCUUUUUACAAAAGGUUAUGUGUUUUUUUGCAGGAGUGUAAUUUUUAAUCUAAACAAAUUCUAGAUUGACCAAUACUGGUUCAGAAAAUAACCCCUGUGUACUUUUCCACUUUUUUUACUCUUGUCCAGAAGAAUUUUUCAUAAGCUUUAAUGGGCUGUACAAAGUAAAAUUCUUCACAGGCAAUAUGAGUUUCAGUGCAUCAUUUAUAUUUAUGAUGGCUAAUACCUUUAUUUUUGCAUUUACUUCUUCCAUUCAUUUUACUAGUCUUCCAAGCAUCUAUUUCCCUUCACCCAUGUAUUAGAAAUGGCCAUGUCAGCAAAGAUGACUUCAGCUUUUUCUCUUGGACAACCCAGCAAGCAUGGGUAACUGUCAUCUGCAAGCCAGCACUGUGUAUAAUCACUCAGGAAUUGGUAAAAUCUAAAAGGACUUUUACGGUUGAAGGCAAAAUGCUUCAUCACUUGUCUUUGUCUAGAACUACAACAAAGUAAACUAAUUAUUCAAUCUAAUGAAAAUGUUGUGCACCCAUAUUCUUUGAUAGUUCUUUAGAACAUGUCGUAGAACUAAGAGGGAAACAAUAGCAACUUUUCUGUACACACUUUACAGUAGCAAGCAUUGUAUUGGAUGCAUAAAAUAGAGCAGCAGUUUGCUUUAAAGUCAAAAUAUAGCCUACUAAAGCAGUAAGAAGUAAUCAUGAUUAUCUGCCCAAACUACCAAGACAAAAAAAAUGUAGGUAGAUACAGAAUGUGGUGGCCCAUGCUCUUCUAGAUCAAGAACUUGGUGUAAAGAUGAUAAUUUGUAUGCAUAAAUGCAUUUAUGCAGCAUUCUUCCUGAACUGAUAUUGCAAAAAUUUAAAGAGAUUUAAAACUCUCUCUUGUUCACUUAUCUUUUAGUUCACAUAUUUUUAUCUUAUAGAAAAACUUCUGCAACAUUGUAAAAUGGUUUAAAAGUAUGAAUUGCCAUUACUUCUAAACACCAGGGCCAUGUACUGAAGAGCUCCAUGCAUGCACUUGAAGCACUUCUGUGCACAUGUUGGGACUGCAUUAAUUCCCCCCUUUCAUCUACAGCCCUUUGCACAGUGUCAGAUUGUACUCCAGAGAAUCCCUGACAAUUCGGGAGUGGCUUUUGUGGGGUCAUAAAGGGCUGCAGUGGGGAGGUGAAAAGCCCCAGAGCAUGCAUGGUCCUCUGGAUCUUGCCCCAGGCCUCUUUUACUUGGAAAAGCAGCCUAAAGAACUAAUGUAGCAAACUAGAAUGGUUUUUGGUAAGGAAGGUUAACACUAUUACAAAUAUUUGAGUAAAUAGUAAUGAAGAUAAAUGGUUUAAAUUUCCCAGAGUGACCUGGGCAGGGGGGAAUCUAUAAUUCUUGGAGAAGUAGAUACUUUCUUCGAAAAUAUCUCAGGAAGAUGUUGAAGUAAUGAUUUGUAUUGAUGUGAAGAUUUCAGAAAUCUUUUGCCAACUUUAUUGAUACUUUAAUGCCUAGAUGUUUUGCAAACAGAAUUCAGUCAAAAUGAAUAGGAAAUCUUAUUUUAUAAAUUGUAAAGUAUACGGAUAUAGUUACAAAAAAUGAUGAAAUGAAAAAUGAUUAAAAGGCAGAAUGAUUUGUAGAUUUAUUUUAAUAUAGGUAUGUUGUCCAGCUGGAGAGGCAGUUCCUUUUUUCCUUCUGAUCUCCAGAAUUUUUGAACAGAGCUAUAUUUCUUUAUACUGUUAUGUUUGAACUCUUUAAAAAAAUGCUAAAGAGUAGCAGUUCAAGAAAUAUAGUUCUUGUCUAACCUUUUUGGCUCCAACUUAGAAAAUGGGGGUGGGAUGGAAAAGAGAAGCAACUCCUAAAAAAAAUAUUAAUCAAACAUUCACUUGUUCUUUUAUUAAGGAGAAAAGUGUUAGUUUGCUCAGUUUAGUGGCUGUAUUAGACCACUCAUUUAUUUCACAAAUCAGCAAAAUUAAAAUUAAGAAUUGUAAGUGAACUAGGUAUUUCACACUUCCCUCAUAUUUCUAAAUAUAAGUACCCAUUCUGUAGAUAACUGAUAUGAAGGCAGAAUGGAAGACUGUGAUAUUUAAUGGACACUUAUGUAUGUUGUGCAUUCUUCCCACCCACCCCCAUACAUGCAGUAAGGGCUCCUGUUAGCAGUUUUCCUACAUGUGAGGACCUAUCAAAAGGCAGGAAAGUUCUUCAUUUAUUGUCAAAAGCUCCAGGGUGGAUGUGAUUUUAAAUCCUUUGUGUUUCUCAUGCUGUCAUUCAUAUGCUUGAAUUUGAGUGUGAAGCUCUCUUCACUUAGGGCACAAUCCAGUCAAAGUUAAGCACCUUUUAGUCCUGUUGCUUUAAAUGAGAGAGAAAUGGGUGUUUAACUCUUCCACUGAAAGUGAUAUAAUAUUAAAUGUGUUUAUAAGUGGGAUUGCACUCAUUUCCUUAUAAAUGCCCAAUAUUUAUAGCCAUAUUAGUAGUGUUUGAAGACUGCUGUGAGUGAGGAUGUUUGUCUUUUCAGCUCCUGAAAGGUUUGUACUGUUGUAGACUGAUUUUAUGUUGGUCCUGGUCCAGUAGACAACUUUUCAAUAAUGUUAUGGCCUUCCAUUAAUAUACAUAAUAGUUUUAGGACCCAACAGCACAUGUAGUCGAGAAGGGGCUUCUCUUAAUAUAGCACUUUCAAUUCUGUCUAAGCAAAUACUUAUACUUUACAUGUUGUAUAAAAUAGAUUUGUGUAGUGUUUUGUGAUUCAAUUCAGUUUUGAUUGGCAGCUAAAAUAUUUUUUCUGUGGUUUUAAUAUAUCUAAGGUCUUUGCAUAUAGAGGAUAUGUACAAUUGCCUGGAAGACUGUUUUUUGCUUCGUGUGGCCUUAGUAUAUUUAUUAACAUUUAGCAAGUGUUUUAAAAGAGGUUUUUAUAAUAGUGUAAACUGAUGGGAAAAUUUCAAGCCUCUCUGUGAAUAAUCUUUUAACGCAGUGCAUUUCAUUUAGUAGCUGACUGUACAAGCGUAUCAAAUUAUUAAAGCUAUUUCUUUGUUUUAAAAAAAGUACAAUGGAAUGCAUAGGUCCCCCCACCCCCUGUAAAGUAUUUUUUUAAUAAACAGAAGUCUGAUCUGUCCUUAAUGCAAA